CAUUUAUUGCUUAAUGAAAACGAGAUUGGGUCAUAAAUACAUUCACUCACAUUAUAAGUUAGCUAAUUAGGUUAUUACAGGUUUUAGAUAUGCUUAAAGCCCAUCUACAUUUAAAUAUUUUUCUUCCGUAAAACUGUCUUCCCUAAGGACAGUAUAGUGAUUUUAUUUGUGGUGUUGAAAAAAGUAUUUAAAAUGCACGUUGUUUAAAUGUGUUACAUAGUUUGCAAUUUAGAUACAUUUUCAAAUGGCUUGCUUUUCAAAUUUGACAGUAAAUUUUUCACAAUGCAUUAAGCAUAUUUCUUUAUUAUAGGCUCUUAUUACUACAGUGAGGCCAAGUUCAAAAGGUACAAAGAGAUGUAUUAAACUUCCUGAAAAGAGAAACUGAAAUUAAUUUCUUGCAUAAUUAAUGUGAGUUUAGUGGGAAUUACAAAGAAUGUUCAAGUAAAUAUAUCUUAAUAUAUUUGAGCUGAAAGUACACAGAGCAUUCAAAUCUACUCAAAUUCCAUUAUUUUGGUCUGAUUAAAUAAUUUUGAUUUACUGUAAUUUAUUUUGUGCAGCGACGAGACAUAAUGAACAAAACAUCUUUUCAGCGUGCUUGUCAAACGUAAAGUCAUUGCCACCAAAGCAGGAUCCUGCUUUUUAUAUCAUGCUUUAGAUUUCAGAAAAAACACGACAGUCCAGCUUUAGCGAUCUAAAAGAACCUGUUCUGAGAAGCAUGAUGAGUCAGUGACCUUAACGUACCGUGGAUGCAGUUUGGCUGUUUAACAAAGCAGCACAGUCUGUAAAAUCUGAGAAAUCUUGUAAAAUUGGAGGUGAAUGGGAGGAUCUGGCGCCUGACAAAGAAAUCUGAAAAAAGAAACCGCUGAGAACAUUUGUAGCAAAGUUACAAACAGAGACGUCAACUGAUCAUCUGCUUUAAUUAAAAUGCUAAAAACUAUCUUUAACUUCUUGGUGCUUUUUGCUGUUUUCAGCCUGAUAUGCUUUUCUGGGUUUUUAUUUUACAGCAAAAAUAAUGAUUUACUUUUCUUUACUGAUCCACAUCAUUUGGUAAAUACAAAAAAUAAAACUUCCUUAAACAUAGAGAAGACAACUGCAGUCCCAGAAUUCCACCAAAACAGGACAGCGAUGCCAGCAGCUUCUGGAAGACCUCUGGAGCCGUGCCCCAACAUCCCACCGAACCUCCAAGGAGUUCUUUAUGUGGAGUUCAGAACCAACCGGACUCUGGAGGACGUCCGGCAGCAUCUUGGUCCGCUGCUUCAGCAGGGAGGACGGUAUAAACCAGCCAACUGUGUCGCAAAACAAAAGGUAGCUAUCAUCAUCCCAUUCAGAAAUCGUUAUGAACACCUGAGCCACUGGCUGCAUUACCUCCAUCCGAUCCUCAUACGACAGCAGCUGGACUACAGUGUGUAUGUCAUCAAUCAGGAGGGAGACGGAGUGUUUAAUCGGGCUAAACUGAUGAAUAUUGGACACACUGAAGCCCUGAAGGAGUAUGAUUAUGAGUGUUUUGUCUUUUCUGAUAUAGACCUGGUACCUCUCAAUGAUCGUAACCUCUACAGAUGUUCUGAUAAGCCAAGACACUUAUCUGUUGCUGUAGACAAGUUUAACUUCUUAUUACCCUACAACACCAUCUUUGGUGGGGUCACAGCGUUGUCCAGAGAGCAGUUUUUGAAAGUUAACGGCUUUUCAAACACGUUCUGGGGCUGGGGGGGAGAGGACGACGAUCUAUACCAGCGGAUCGUUUUCCGAGGAAUGUCCAUAUCCCGACCAGACUCUGUCAUCGGAAGGUACAAGAUGAUCAAGCAUGGAAGAGAUUUGCACAACGAUCGUAAUCCAAAUAAUGUUCAGAAACUAAAUGAAACGCCUCAAACUAUUGACAGAGAUGGACUUAAUUCUCUCAGUUAUACAGUCAGGAAGAUUAGGAAGGAUUUAUUGUACACAUUUAUUACUGUAGAUGUUCAGACUACUGCGGGCUAUGGCAGGGUGGGGGGAGGUUCUGGCAUGUAUUCAUGCGUGUGUGCAGUUGUUUCCUCUGUUCAUCUAUAUCGUGUCAGUUCAGAACAAAUGUCAUAACAAGGCUUCUUAAACAGCAACCACAGCAACUAAACAUACAUUAGAUGUGACCUUUAAACUUCAUUAAAUGACAGGACUGGAUCUUCCCUGAAAACAUUAUUUUUAGACCCAUGUAAAACUGUGGUGUUGAUUCUUCAACCUGCAUCCAAGACAAGAAACUGUUGAUUUAGACUCUUAUCCCUGUGGGGGUACAAGUCCUGUUUUCAAAGAAAUCAACCCAACUCAAACCUUUAAUUUGGGCCUUACUCUGUACAUUAUUAGUAAUGUUAUAUAUAUAAUGAAAUGUUAUGUAAAAGGAGACUAUAAAAGGUCACCAGUGGUCAUUUCUAAGUGUUUUCUGUUUCAAUGUACAAAUAAAUCUGAUGUAUGAAGGAAUUAAUCUUCAUCUAUUUCACCAA